AUGGACGACGACAAUAGCAGCCAAAACAGUGCGCCGGAAACGGAGCAACCGCGGCGCCGCUCCACUCGCUUGCGCCGAGCUCCCGCCUCCGUCUAUGCCGUCGCGAAUGUCAGGUCCAAGGUUCAGGAUGACAGUGACGAGGAUUCAGCCGAGCACGACUCGGCCGAAGAGGCCAAGGAACCAGGGAGCGACGACAACGACGAGGACAACAGCGGAGAAGAUGACGCACAAGAUGACAGCAUGCAGAGCCCCCCUGCACAGCGUCGCAGCGCUCGCCACCGGCAUCUGCGCUUUGAGACCCUGGAUGAACGCACUCUCUUGCCCCCAGCAAACAAACUGUACAUAGUUGAGCCUGCCAAAUCAGACUCUGAGGAGGAGCAGGGUGAAGACGAAGGCGAUGAUGACGAUGGAGAUGCAGAGGAUGAUGAGGAUAACAACGACAGUGAUGCGGCCAAGGCCAAGACACCAGUGGCACGGCGCCGCAUCACUCGACCCCAAGCCACGGAUAUCGUCGUUCUGCCUCCUCUACGCGAGGGCUUGCGUGUUAGGCGCAUGUCCCGACAAGCUGCCGCGGCCUUGCACCCCGAGCUUUUGGCCAUGGUGGAUACGGGUCUCAUUGACGCAAAUGGUAAUUUCACCGCCGGCGCUAGCAACCCAAGUUCUGCCGGGUCCGACUCGGACGACCAGUUUGCUGCUCGUGCGCGCCCUCAACGUUCCCACAAGCCGGUGGAUCGCUACGCGCCCCCCAGCCCAUCACAGCCGCAGCUAGCCAGCAAACUGACACCGGCUGAAACAGAUCGACUGACGCGUCUGCAAGAGAAGUUGGACCAGGAAAUGAGCCCCGGGCAGUACAACCUGCGACAUACUCGCACGCGUAGCGCGGCCCAAAUCACUAGGCCGACAGCCUCAGCCAGCCGCUCACAGCGGCGAGGCAGCACACGACGCCGUGACUCGCAUACGACCCGCCCCGCGGAGCGGCGGCGCACUCGCUUCCGCAAUCUCGAGCGACACGGUUCGUCAACCGAGGAAGACAUGGAUCCCGAUGAGCUUUAUUUCCAGAUUCGCAAAUCCAAAUCCAUGAGCAACGCCCGUGAUCAGAUGCUUCCCGUCAAUUUCAACGCCGCAGGAGGUGAUCGUCACGUUUUGUGGGAGCGUCAACGGGCCCACCGAGGCAAUGCACUGGGCAAUAGUGGAGCCGAUGUUGAGCCCAUGUCCAUCGAUAGUCAUGUCACUUUUGAAAGCAUCGGCGGUUUGGAUCACCACGUUCAGUCUCUUCGUGAGAUGAUCGUGUUCCCGCUCCUCUACCCCGAGGUGUUUCAAAAGUUCAAGAUGGAUCCGCCGCGUGGUGUUCUUUUUCAUGGACCACCUGGCACCGGCAAGACCUUGUGUGCCCGCGCCCUCGCGAAUGAAUGCUCCAAGGCGGGUCAGCAUGUGAGCUUCUUUAUGCGUAAAGGUGCUGACUGUCUCAGCAAGUGGAUUGGUGAAUCAGAGCGCAUGCUUCGCCUUCUGUUUGACCAGGCAUAUGCCAUGCGCCCUUCCAUCAUUUUUUUUGAUGAGAUUGAUGGGCUGGCACCCGUCCGCACUAGCCGCCAAGAGCAAAACUACAGCUCCAUCGUUAGCACCCUCUUGGCGCUCAUGGACGGUCUCGAUUCGCGCGGCGACGUCGUGGUCAUCGGCGCGACGAAUCGCAUCGACCACAUUGAUCCUGCACUGCGACGCCCGGGUCGCUUUGAUCGCGAGUUUGCCUUUGAAUUGCCUUCCUGUGAGGCACGCCAGCAGAUCCUAUCCAUCCACACUCAGGCGUGGCAGCCGCCCUUGGCCAAUAAAUUGCUGAGCGAUGUUGCCAGGCGGUGUACGGGAUAUUGCGGGGCCGAUCUCAAAGCACUCUGCACUGAAGCAGCUUUACUCGCGUUCCGCCGCAUCUAUCCAGAGGUUUACUCGAGUGAAGCCAAGUUAGACAUUGAUGUGAAGACGAUCGAAGUGGCGCCCAGUGAUUUUGUCGGAGCCAUGGAAAGCAUCACCCCAGCAGCCCAGGUGCAGUUUUGGCUACCAUACCCCCCCUUGCCUCUCACCUUUCAGGAUCUGCGGCAACACCAUGCUUAUCCACGCAUUCCAUACAUUGCAUUCAACGCACAGCGCGCUCGGCAGCCGUCAGGACAGGGCUUGCCACCGCUGUUGCGCCCGGUUCUGGCCGAUGCGCUAGAGCGCCUCAAUGGGCGUCUGGCGCACAUCGUACCGGCCAUGCACGCCAAUCGUCUCAAAACGAUACGGCGUCGCCAGUCGCCUGGCGCCCGCGCUCGUCAACUUAUUGUGCGAGAGGCGCUGCGCCGCGCGCCUUCGGUGCUCUACUGCCCAGCUAUCGACGCCCUCGCACAGCACGCGAGUGACGUGCUGCUGGCUGCAAUUGUGCAGCUCAUUCAGAGUUUUCCGCUUCGCGACAAAGAGGUCUUGUUGUUGGGCACCGCCGAGGACGCUCAAGCCAUCGGACGGCUGCGCGCCUUAUUUUAUGAGGAGGAGAGCGUUUCGCUGUGGCAACAACCAGCGCGGGCAGUGGACGCAAUUAUGGAGAUGGUCCACACGCGCCCACCGCCGCCAUCCAAGUGGAGCAUCCGCGUGAUGGCCAAGCCCAAGUCUGCAGCCGCGCGACCAGCGCGUCAACUCAGUCGAGCAGAGAAGGCAUCGGUGCGCCAACAACAAGCGGCUCUUUUGCGAGAGUUGCGCAUGUACUUGCGAAAUGUUUUACGUUCGCUCACCCGCGAGCGCAAAUUUAGCAUGUUUGCUACGGCUGCCGAUCCAAAAUCGCUAAUGCAUGUGUGUGUGUGUGUGUGUGUGUGUGUGUGUGUGUGUGUGUGUGUGUGUGCAGAGGCCUAUGAGGACGUGCCAGACUAUAUGGAAGUGGUCAAGCAGCCCAUGAACUUGGAGAUGAUGCUUGACAAACUCAACGAGGAAGAGUACAUGUGCACGGAUGACUUUUUGGCGGAUCUGGACUUGAUUGUCGAAAAUGCUUUGACGUAUAAUCCCACCACUGCCCGGCGUGAUCGCGCUAUUCGGCAAGCGGCCAAUGACCUGCGGGACGAAGGCCAUCAUCUCAUCGAGAACGCAGAACGCACGCACGGUGAACUGCUCCAGGAGUGCCGCCGCAUCGCUGCUGCACGGCGCCAGACGGAGUCGGCCGUGUUGCUAAAGUUGGCACAGGGUCCACGCACUCGACACAGACAGCAAGUGCUUGAAGAUGCCGGGGUGGAGGUAGUGGAUGAGCGAGAUCCGCUCGCGCUCGACGACGAGGGCGCCGAUGAGGCCGAGCCUGCCAUGCCUCAUACUUCAACGGCUUCAGCUGCAGUGGUGCCAGAGCCGCAACAAGAUGACCAUGUGUCGGCGCCGGGUCGGGCGCCUGGCCCGGCAACUGCCUCAGAGCCACCCAAGUCUCCCUCAAACGCUGCGGAAAAAGAGAUUGACAAGGACGGCACAGAUGGUGCUUCAAGCCCCGUCACAUCGCAAGCAUUGGCGCCAUCUGCGACUGAUCAAAGCUCGGCGCCCGACGUUGUUCAGACCCCAGCUCGGGCUGAGAGCACGACCCUGCUGGUCGACGGGAAGACCGCGGCGUCAGCGUGUGGCGCGAGCAACGUGGAGGCUGAGGCUGAGGGCGAGGAUGGACAACCAGCUGCUAAGCGACCUGCCUUAGACCAUGCCAUCAAUGCGGCAGCGCCGACAAUGCCGCCUGCGGCAGUAGUCGAGCCGGUUGCCCCCGAGCGCAUGGGCACCGCGACCGAUUCCGAGGAACAAAAGGAUGUCGAGGGAUCCACGGAACCAGAGACGCGGGAUCCAGAGGGACCUGCGUCCGUCGAGGCUACCGAGCUGAAUGAAAGCGUGGAACACGAUGUGUUGCAAGACAUGAACGCGGGAACAACUCGAGAUUUGUCGGAGAAUCGCAUCAGUCAGGUGCCCACGGCAGCAGCACGAGAUCAGCUCUUUGAGCGCUGGAUCGCCGAGUACGACAAGAAAGAGCUUGUGCUGGCGCCAGAACUGCUGCAGGAGCUUCGACAGGUCUGGCAAGAGAUGCUACCGGCGGCCUGCGACCUUCAGCGUUUGCUCAACUUUUUUUACCGGUGCCUGCGCCUCCUGCAUGAGCACCGGCUGAAUUGGGACAAGACGAGUCUGCUUCUGGCGUUGCGCAAGGUCACUUUCUAA